CCCUCCUCCGCGCUCCCGUCAUCUACACCUCUCGCUCCCACCCACGAGUCCCACCGCCACCACCACCAGUCUAUCCCCUCGCCAUUUGUUUCCUCCCCGUGCAUGAAACCCUAAACCUAAACCCCACCUCCCUUCCCGAGCCAUCCCCUCCAGCGCGGCGAUGGCAAAGGCGCUGCUUUCCUCCUCCCUCCUCCCCGCGCUGCCCGGCGCUGCCGGAGGCAGCCGGAGCGCUGCGAGGCCGAUGCUGCUCCCACCGCUCCGGUUGCGGCGCGGCCGGCGCGGCGCCUCCGCUUGCGAGGUGAGGGCGGGCCUGCACGGGCUCGACUCCGUCGGCGGGCCCCACCUUCAGGCCGCGCUGGAGCGCGCCGAGGCGGCGCUAUACACACUCGCUGACGCCGCGGUCGCCGCGGCGGACACCGCCGCGGGCGCAGGGGCCGACGCAGGCCAGGCUGCGGCGGUCCAAAAGAACAGCGGCUGGUUCGGCUUCAUCUCCGAGGCCCUCGAGGUCGUGCUCAAGGUGCUCAAGGAUGGUCUUUCUGCAGUCCAUGUGCCAUACUCCUACGGGUUUGCCAUCAUUCUGCUCACUAUCAUUGUUAAGGCUGCGACAUUGCCUCUAACCAAAAAGCAGGUGGAAUCAACUCUGGCAAUGCAGAAUUUACAGCCGCAGAUUAAGGCAAUCCAGCAGAGAUACGCAGGCAACCAGGAAAGGAUACAGCUAGAGACUGCUCGGUUAUACAAGCAAGCUGGUGUAAACCCUUUAGCAGGAUGUUUUCCAACGUUAGCAACAAUUCCUGUAUGGAUUGGUCUUUACCAGGCCCUUUCAAAUGUAGCAAAUGAGGGGCUAUUGACAGAAGGAUUUUUCUGGAUUCCAUCACUGGGAGGUCCUACAACAAUUGCAGCUCGGCAAAGUGGUUCUGGAAUUACAUGGCUCUUCCCAUUUGUGGAUGGUCAUCCUCCGCUAGGCUGGCAUGACACGAUAUGCUACCUUGUAUUGCCUGUGCUACUUGUUGCUUCUCAGUAUGUAUCUAUGGAGAUCAUGAAGCCACCUCAGAGCGAUGACCCAUCACAGAAGAACACAAUGCUCAUUUUGAAAUUUCUUCCAUUUAUGAUUGGCUGGUUCUCUUUGUCAGUGCCAUCAGGAUUGUCUAUUUACUGGUUUACAAACAAUGUCCUCAGCACAGCCCAGCAGGUGUGGUUACGGAAAAUGGGAGGAGCGAAGCCUGUAGUGACUGAGGGAGGUAGUGGAAUAAUUACCGCAGGACGAGCAAAACGCUCUAAUGCUCAACCUGCCGGAGAGAGGUUUAGGCAGCUAAAGGAAGAAGAGAACAGGAGAAAAUUCAGCAAAGCACUUGCUGCAGGAGAUUCAGAUGCGUCGUCAUCGACAUAUGACAUGGAUGAUGAAGAGUCGGAUGAGACGAUAGAAGAGGGAGGACCUGUGGAGGAAGCAUCUACUAGCAGUGACAAGAAACUUCCAAACUACUCAGGGAAGAAGGGCAAAAGAUCGAAGAGGAAGCGCAUGGUGCAGUAAUCGUUGCAGCAUAAUUGGAUGCGAUUUUUGUCACAACUGGUUAAUUCAGCUGACCAGUUAGGUGCCGUAGUAUCAUGGAGACAGUUUUGGUGGGGGCCUUUUGGAGGCAUAAUUGCAUAAAUCUGAGGUGCAGACAAUUAGACAGUUUCCGGGGACACAAGUAUUUGCUGCUAAGCUAUCCAAUGAACUAGCUCAGUCAGUAUAUAUGCUUUAGACCUGAGGGUAAUGGACAGGAGAACAGGAGUGGGGUAAAUGCACAAGCAGAGAGACAGGAUCUGUAGAGGUAGGCGAGAGAUACUCCGGUGUACUCUGUACAUGGUUCUAAAAAAUUGGGCAGAAACUGGAUUGUCCAGACCGUUCAUAUACGUUGUACUAGCCGGUUGUUGUACUAGCCAGUUGCGCUACGGUUGUUAUAUAUUAUAUAAAUAGAUAUUGAGAUAUUUAUUCAAAUAUAA